AUGGCCUCCCUUGUCAUUGAGCAACUCAAUCCACCGAGCGCUGAUCCACAAUAUGAAAGUCGUCAAGUCGAUCCCAAUUCAAAUGCAUUUGUCUUAUCGUACCCAAGAGGUGCUUAUACCGGGAUGCGUACUGUCAACAGGACUGCAAUAGUCGAGCUCGAUUCGCAUAUCAAGCGUAUCACCAAUUCACUCUCACUAUUGAAAUUUGUGCCUGAUGGCCAGCAAGGGGAACCAGAAGAGGUCACUCGAGCUAUGGAGCCAUACCGCCAUGUUGAUAGCUUGCAAGAAAGAUUACUCCCAUUGUUGAAGGCUGGAUUAACUGCUUUUAAACCUGAUGGAGCCAAUGAAAUCAAGGUCAUGGUUAUGGUGGCCUAUUCAUAUGAGAAACGGCGUCCUUGCUUUGCUGCUCAAUUUUCAACGUUAACACGUCCUCCCAAUCAUCGUAUCAAAGUGGUGGUGCAAUCAAAAACAAGAGACAAUCCGGUUGUCAAGGAUUCCAAAUGGGUGCAGGAACGAGCCACCAUGAAUGAUACAAAGGGCGAAGAUGUGAAUGAAGUUGUGUUAUCCGAUGACAGCGGCAACCUAUACGAGGGCAUGUCAUCCAACUUUUUCAUUGUCAAAACACGUGAUGAUGGCCAACCUGUUGUUGUAUGCGCACCUCUUGAACAUAUCCUGUUGGGCACGGUGAUGAAGAUUGUCAUGAAAGUCUGUGAGAAACACCAAAUACCAAUCGAAUGGACAUUUCCACAAGCUUCCGAUGCACGAAAUAACAAGUGGGAAGGAUGCUUCAUCACCAGCACUUCAAGGCUCUUAUUGCCCAUAGAAACGGUGUAUUUCAAGGAUGGAAGCCCAACAGUUCACUUUGCUGAGCGUUCGCCGACAAUUGACUUGUUGCAACGUGAAGUCCAGCAAGAGAUAUACCAACGAGCCCACAAGGUCUUGUAA